ACUACUCUAUCGGCACCCUUGCCGAAAAAUGCCGACGCUAAGUGACGGAGCUCCAACUAAUAACACGAAGCUUAGAAUCCCAAAAAUUAUAUCCUUCAAUUGAGCAACACCAAAAAAUGCCAUUGAUCGAUCCCAUCACCAUGUCCGGAAUUAGCCCUGUAUCUGGAGAUACCUCCUCCAAACCUAGAUCAUUUCCCGUCGAAUUCCUUCCUUCCAAUAUAGCUCGUAUUGUCACUCACGUCCAGCCAGCUAUCCUUCUAUCGGCAUAUUAUUUUCGAUUCUCUGCGUUGGUCGCAGAUCCAAUACACACACUUUUACAUUCAUUAUUACCUGUCGCUUUAUUGCAGGUAGUUUAUGCAGUAGCAUGUUUACCAGCUGCUGGAUCAAAUAUGGCGAAGAAAUUGAAGCCUGGAGAGAAAAGGAAGGGUGUGGAGGGCGGAGAGGUCAAUCAUAAAAUAUUCGUAUGUUCAUCCAUUUGAAUUUUUCCUCCUAUGCGAGGUAUCUCUCAUGUAAAUGAAUUAUUGCUAAUACUUUUCUCGGAUAGACAACUAUAUUCGCCCUCAUCCUAACGGCCACCACAAUCCCCGCUAUCACCGCCCUCCAAAUCCUCUUCGGCGCUCCCUUUACCACACAUAUGGAACAUACACUUCUUUCCUCCGCGCAUAUCUCUCUCCUCGCACUCUUUCCCCUCUUCUAUAUCCACGGCGUGGAUUCUGUUAGAUGGCUCGAAAUAGCUUCGUUAUAUGCACCGGUGGAUGAAGUGUUUGGUGCAGCGCUUGGAUGUGCAUUAGGUGCUUGGUUGGGCGCGGUACCCAUCCCGCUGGAUUGGGAUAGAGAGUGGCAGAAAUGGCCGGUUACGGUUAUUACGGGUGCGUUUGGUGGGUAUGUGGUUGGGAAGUUUGUGGGGGGUUUGUCUGGGGUGAGGGGAAAGAGGAUUGAGUUGGAGUAGAGGGCGUUGUUAUGCUGCGUGUAUGGUUUAAUUUGGUAUGAGGGGAUGCGGCGCUUGGAAUUUGCAAGAUGUAUAGAGAGGUUUUGGAUCUUGUCGCAUUUAUAUGGGCGUAUGGAAUAGAAAAGAAAAGUAAAGGAAUGAAGGUUUGAAAUUUGAUGUCUUCUUA